GGGUGAAAAUCUUUUUAUAAGUGUUUUGUUGAAUGGAAAUUCUGUAAUAAUAUUUAAGCCCCUAAAUGGUCAACUACCUUGUCCACACUCCAGGGAAUUAAUUUAUCUUACAAUUUGUAAUUGUGUCUUUUGCCACAACUAUGUUAGUGUUAAGAAAAUAUAAAAUACCCCUCAUACAGAUUGAUGAACGGAUAAGACAGGAAUUGUAAAUAUCAGUAAACAUUUGCGAACUCUUCCUGUUUAAGAUAUGACAACAAGAGAUUUAGAGCCUUCAUCAUUUCCCAUGAAGAUUCUGACGUCUGAUCUUGUCACCAACAUUAAUUACAGAACGGAAUGGUGCUAAAGCAAACGACAAAGGGUGACAUGAAAAAGGAGGCAUUGGAAGGAGAUCGAUUGGCCCCGGAGAGUUAUAAACAGGGGCUGGAGGGUCUGAGAGUGAGCAGACCUCAAAGGCAUCAUGUACACUUGGACGUUCAUCUGUGCUGUGGCUAUUCUGUCAGCAGCUAGUCCAUUCAAAGCUCUUCCUGUCCCUCCUGAGAGCUCCAGGGCACAAGAAGAAUUCAACUCCAGAAUGGCUGAAGAUGCAAUGGGCUUCCUAUCUAAAGAUAUAUCAUCCAUUGGAGAAAGGAGGGCUGCUGAUUUCUAUUCCAUGCUUCCGAAGCGGGACAAGGUGCUGAUUGAAUUGCAGGGAGGUACCAUGGAGAAACUUGAAGACAAUGCCAAUCUGGUAAGUGUCAGGAUGUGUUCACCAACUUUGAUGGAUUACUUUUGCUUUCCUUAUCGUCUUACCAUUCACAUUAAGAGGAUUGUUCUUUGUUGCUGGCUUGGAUUCAGCUUCCUUAGGUUAAGUUCCAAAAUAUCCUUCUUAAAACUAUCUCAGUGAUCAAAUUUGGAUCACAUGCCCCAGGGUCUCUUGGUUUAGGACAAAAAAAUUCUUAGACUGCACAUGGAACUGCUCGAGAAAUUUGGGUGUUGUAAUUAGCACCUUUUAUUAUCUUCUCCUUCAGUGAAUCCAAAUGCAACAUAACACUACAUAAUAAUAGGAUUCAGACUCAAGGAACUGCAGAUACUGAUUUACAAAAAAAAGCCAUUAAGUGCAGGAGUAACUCAGCGGGUCAGGCAGCAUCACAGGAAAAAUGUCAUUUAUCCAUGUUCCAGAGAUGUUGCCCGACCCGCUGAGUUACUCCAGCACUUUGUACCUUUUUUUAAUGUAAGAUUGUUUGUCUAAUAUUGUCAUGUACAGCAGGUGGUGCCAUCAGCUUCCUUUCCUGACUACAUGACCUCACUGUGAGAAAAUGCAAGCAAUGGAGGGAUACAGAUCUCGUUAAGACAGAGGAGAUUAGUUUAACUUUGCCAAGUCAGUUAAUGGAUGACAAAUGCUUAGAAACAGCUUGAGGAUGUGAUAAGACACAUCUAAACAUGAACUCCUUAGUUCUGAACAUGGCAUUGGCAUCCAUCACUGCUAACCCUUGCUAAAGACAGAGAGAGAUGUUGAAAUGUGCUGCUGGAACAUUACUCCAGUUCAGCAGCCUUAUCUGAUCACUCAGGACACCAUAAAGGUUUGCCAAAGUGUCAUGUUUUUCAAAGAAUACAAUAUUUUUUAUUAUAU